UGCUGACUCCAAUUGAUGACUAGGAUAGGUUCGAUUACGGCAUCGCCUACAUCACGUCCGCACAGGAAAUGGCCAUGAAAAGACACGAGGAACAGAAGAUGGAAAAGAUGGCUAUGCAUGCACAGGACCAAGAACGAAAGGAUUUCUUGCGGUGGUUGGGAGGGUUCGACUGCACAAUUAGGCACGAAGAGGUUUCCGCUCAACGGGAAGAAAACACGUGCACCUGGGUGUUCGGAAUGAAAGUUUUUCGACAAUGGAAGACACCGCCAACAGUGCGGCAUGGUAAAUUCCUAUGGAUUAAUGGCAAACCCGGAGCGGGGAAAACUGUCAUUGUUUCUGCAAUCAUAAACGAGCUGGUGGCUUGUGGCGAAACCCCAGUGUAUUUCUACUGUGACUUCCGCCAAGAAAGAACCACAGAUGGAGCUAUCAUUUUACGUUCCCUUCUUGUUCAGCUACUGAGACAAGCACGUAUCGAUUGGAGCUCGGAAUUUACCGAUCUCUUUCGUAGGAAAUCAGAAGGGGCUGAAGCUCCUGUUGACAUCGCAGUCCUAUGUGACCUCAUCUGCCGCUCUCUGAAAUUCCUGCGACAACCCGUCGCAAUAAUCGAUGCCCUCGAUGAAUGCAAGCAUAUUAGGACAUUCCUCCCACGGCUGGUUCGCAUAGUGAACGAGGGCGAAUUGCGACUUCUCAUCACCAGUAGGAUGGAACCAGCCAUUUCCAGUACUCUAUCCGGCUUACCAUCAUUAUCGUUAAGCGAUUAUGCCCGCUUAAUCGAUAACGACAUGCAACUUCAUAUUGACAGAGAACUGGAGGCUCGUUCGAGGCUCGCAUCUCUCGCCCCGGAUCUGAAAGAUGAAAUACGAAGAUCGCUCUCGCAGCAGGCGGACGGCAUGUUCCGUUGGGUGGAAUGCCAACUGGAUGCUAUCAGUGCUUGCCGAUCUGUUAAAGGGAUAUCAGACUCGCUCAAGAGUCUCCCGAAAGGCCUUUACGAGACGUAUGACAGAAUUUUACAGGCAAUCGAAGAAGCCGGACCGGAUCGUAGGUCUAUCGUAGAGCGUACGUUGAUGUGGCUGGUCGCUUCUCUGGAGCCACUCAACCUGUGUCAGCUUGUUGAGGCCUUGAGUAUAGACAUUGGAAGUACAACACUCAACCAAAGGCUCACCGUCAUUUCUCCGACCGAUCUCUUGGAGAUAUGCAGUUUUCUGGUGAGCUUCGACGAGAGGACCUCCAUUGUGACUUUGUCGCAUUACAGUGUGCGGGAAUAUUUAAUGGCAGGCGAAAAUGCACGCAAGUAUCGCCAUUUACUCGAAGAAGCCCACCGACAUAUUGUCCAGUAUUGCGCGCAUUAUCUGGUCAGCGAUGAUGUCCUUAAUUCCAGCAACACCCGUCCUAUGCUGCGUUAUGCCCUUGAUCUUGGGCUUGGGGCGCAUAUAUCCUCAAUCAUCAACGAGGAAGACUCUGUGCUUUCUUGUCUAGAGGAUCUCCCGGGACAGAUAUGCAUUCGACAUCCUUGGAAUGACCAAGCAGCACUUGUCAAUCCCUGGCAGAUUUGGCUUGCUGAUCCCAAAAGCAUAUGUGACGUUCUGAUCCGUUUCGGACCUGAGUGGAUGGUUCAACGGUAUCUGCGAAAGCAUCGGGAGCAUUGGAAUAAUGCGCUGCAAUUCGCAAUCUUGGAGGGAAAUACACAACUCGCCAAUGCUGUGUUGGAUCUCGAAAGAGACCCCAAUUUACCCAUCACGAUUGGCUCAAAGACUACAAGCCCCACGAUGUUUGCCAUCCGGUACAGUCCACAAGAUCUCAUCGAAUGCUUCCUUCGUAAAGGUGCUCAUCUCCCAGUCGACGCUAUCCAUACUGCACUUGAGGAACGGCAGGAUCUUGACUCAGGCAUCCUUUCAUUGCUCAUUCGUUAUGGGGCAAAUGUCCAUGCAACACACGUCCAUUUUAAAGAUAGUCCUCUUCACACUCUCCUUCGCAUAGAUACUCGGAGCCAGGAAGUGUACUUGGAGGCUUCACGUGUUCUUGUUGAUGCAGGGUGCGAAUUCGAUACUCGGGACCAAGAGGGAUGGAAACCUCUUGACAUUGCCAUCAUGAAAUCGUUCCAUGUAGUUGCGGAUUACCUCCUCCAAAAGGGUGCUGUCGCCUCGGCGGAUGUUAUUUGCAGACACCUUGAGAAAGAGAGCUUUGACUUUGACCUCAUGUCUACGCUCUUACGGCACGGCAUGGAUGUGAACGUGCAAAGCAGCGGAUCUAAUCCCCUCCAUAUUCUCUUUGGUUAUGAAGAAUGGACCGACGACUGGCUCGAGUUAGCAGACCUACUGAUCGAAGCAGGAUGCCCAAUCGAUGUUGAAGAUUAUGAAGGAUAUACGCCUCUGCACCUGGCCAUCAGACAUGGAUCGUCCAACUUAUUGAUGCAUCUUAUUGCAAGCGGUGCUCGUAUCCCUUUGGACGCAAUCCAUGAUCAUCUGGAGGAUUAUUGGGUUGAUCGCUCAGUCAUUUAUACCCUUAUCCAACAUGGAGCGGAUGUGAACGCGGUACGCAAUGGAGCCUAUGUCCUUCAUGCCCUGGUGGCCCACGAGAAUUGGAGAGAUGACUGGCUCAGGACGGCACAGUUACUUAUUGAAGCAGGAUGCUCAAUUGAUGCUGAAGACGUAGAAGGUUGUACGCCUCUCCACCUGGCCAUUAGAUGUGGAUCAUUGCCAUUAGUGAACUAUCUCGUCAAAAAAGGCGCCCGCAUAUCGGCAUGCGCGAUCCAUGAUUACCUUGAGAAUGAUUGGAUCGAUCAUGCCAUCAUCUCUAUACUCGUUCAGCACGGUGCUGAUAUGAAUGCGCAACGCAAUGAACGCAAUUCCCUCCAUUCUCUGCUUCAUCAUCAGCACUGGAAAGAAGAAUGGUUCAAAGCAGCAUAUAUCCUCGUUGAAGCAGGAGUUUCGUUGGAAGCCGUAGAUGAAGCAGGUUAUACACCAAUCCAGCUGGCCAUCAUGCAAGGCUCGGCUACCUUAGUGAAAUACUUGAUGGGAAGAGGUGCUUGUGUUCAUGUGGACGCUAUUUAUGACAACCUCAAGAAGGGCUGGAUCGACGCUGCCAUGGCUUCUGUACUUGUCCAGCAUGGGGAAGAUGUCGUGUACGACGGUGGCAACUUCCUCCAUGCUCUAACUAAAUGUCUGGAUAUGCGACAUGACUGCCUCGAGAUAGCAAAAAUCCUGAUCGAUGUGGGGUGCUCGUUGGACGCCACUGACAAUGCCGGAAAUACUCCCCUUCAUCUUGCCAUUAAACAGCAAUCAGCGUCUUUCAUGCAGUAUCUAAUAGAAAGCGGUGCCCAUGUUCCUACGGAUGCUAUCCAUGUUGCACUUCAAUCCACUCAAAUUAACUUGGAUAUCAUCUCGGUGCUCGUCCAGCAUGGCGCACACAUCAAUGACAUGCAUUUGGGUGCUAGCCCUCUCCACACUCUCCUCACUCAUUGGAAUUGGAGAAGUGAUUGUUUUGAGACAAUGUCAAUCCUCGUCGAAGCGGGGUGCAGCUUGGACGCCACAGAUUGGAAAGGGAAUACCCCCCUCCACCUUGCCAUCAGACUUCAGUCGCCCCCUUUAGUCGGGUAUCUUAUCGACAGAGGGGCUUGUAUUCCAGCAGAUGCCAUGCACGAUGCGGUUCAUUCCACUCACAAUUCUGGGGUCGACUUGAAUCCUGACGUUACUUCUGCUCUUAUUGCCCGUGGCGCAGAUGUGAAUGCAUUACGCCAUGGUGCCAACCCACUCCAUACGUUGCUUUAUCGCCCCCAAAGAGGCGACUAUCCUACAAUAGCUCGCCUCCUCGUCGAUGCAGGAUGUGAGUUUGACAGAUGCGACUUGACUGGGUAUACACCGCUUUGCCUUGCUAUAAUCCACGAAAUGCCCUUGGUGAUUGAAUACCUCCUCCUGAAAGGUGCUUCCCUGCACAUGGACUCUAUUGGCAUUGUCAUCAAAGAUAACGAUGUGGGUCCCGAUAUCAUUCGAAAUCUUCUUCAGCACGUUGCAGACUUGGAUGCGGAUCUGUCCUCUCAGUUGCUUAUGCUAUCAUUGGGCCAUCGUUCAUCGUCCCAGCUGUUACAUGAUAUGCAUGAUAGCAAUUGCCUAGAAAUCGCCAGAGUCCUCGUUGAUGCCGGAUGCGAACGAGACAAUGUUAAAUAUUCACCCCUCAUAGAUCUUGCCAUCAGCCAGUCGCUCCCACGUGUCACGCAGUACUUCCUUCAAGUGGGCAGCCCCAUCCUCAUAAAUCAUCCGGUCCACGUCGCACUCAAUAGCGUCGUUUCUGAUAAUCCUGAACAGGAUCAGUGGGUCGAUCAGCUGCACGCAUGGCAAACAGACUGCCGAUUCCAGACCGCGCAGGUCCUCAUCGAAGCUGGACAUGAUGCCAAAAGUCGAGACUCGGCGGGACAAACACCCCUUAACAUCGCUAUCCAGAAGCGGAUCCCAUCUGCAGUCAAUUAUCUCCUCAAAGAACUCGCAUGUGGACAGCUUGAUUUCUUCUGUGGAAAUGGUCUAGAGGAACACAAUGCGGCGGUAAUUGCGACACUGCUUCAGAGCAGCACCCCACUCCACAGUUUUGAUCCGCAGCGUAUUUACAGAUCCUGUUAGCAUUCACUGACUUCUGUUUUUCGAGCAACGGGAUGCACGGUCCUUUCUGCGAACGAGACUGUGGGGAGAUGCUGCUUAUUCUCAUUGACGAGGGCUUUUCGGUCAACACUAUAGAUUCAUCAGGAGACACGCCCCUCCGUGUUGCCAUUCAACGCCGACUCUUCCUCAUUGUUGAAUAUCUUCUUCGACGUGAUCCAAUAUGCAACGUCGACGAUGUUAUUGCCGCUUUCGGCACCCAGCCGUAUGCGUGGCAGCACCUUCUUCACAGAUACAUAUUGAACAUGGACCCUUUGCAUACCCUGAUCUCACGGAUGCACUCGAGCCACAAUAACGUGGACGAAAAUAUUUACCUAGCACUUACAAAAGGCCUCGUACAAGCUGGCUGUGAUGUCAAUGCGCGGGACAGCAGUGGGAUGACUCCACUCCAGCAUAUGAAUAAACUCGAAGUCGAUCGAGGAUACCCUGCAAUCAAAUAUUUUCUAUGCCAGGAAGGGG